GAAGUCGCUCACAUCCAAUAUGUCUGCUGGCGUUUAGCUCUCCGCUCCACGAAAACAAGACGCGUGGAGAAUGGCAGACGGCGGAGUUGACGAGCUAUCGCAGCUUGAAUAUUUGUCUCUGGUGUCCAAGGUCUGCACGGAGCUUGACAACCAUCUGGGAAUAAGUGACAAAGAUUUGGCUGAGUUUGUCAUCGACCUUGCUGAGAAACAACCGACCUUUGAUGGAUUCAAAGCCCUUUUACUCCAAAAUGGAGCCGAGUUCACAGAUUCUCUCAUCGGUAAUUUGCUCAGGCUCAUUCAGACUAUGCGACCUCCAUCCAAGGAGUCUACGAGUAAAGCCUCUGAGGCUUUGGUCAAGCCGAAGUCAGAAAAAGACAAGUUGAAGGAGUUGUUUCCUGCACUGUGCAGAGCAGAUGAUCCAGCACCGAAGAGACUGCUAGACGAAGAUGAUGUGAAAGUAGCAGCUGAUGCCAUGAAAGAGCUGGAGAUGUUUAUGCCCAGUGUCAGUGGGACGGACUCCAAAAGCAGCAAGAGCAAGUCGGAAAAGAGCAGACGCCACAGCCGAAGUCGCAGCAGAAGCAGAGAAAAGGACCGACACAGGGACAGGGACAGGGACAGAGACAGAGAUCGGGAAAAGGACAGGAAAAGAAGGCAUCGUUCUCGUUCUCGCUCCAGGUCCAGGUCUCGCUCCAGAGACCGUGAGCGGCACAGAGAUAGAGAUAGAGAUAGAGAUAGAGAUAGGGACAGGGACAGGGACAGAGACAGAGACAGAGAUAGAGAUCGCGGCAAAAGAAGAGACAAAUCCUCCCGCUGGAGUGAGCGCUCGCCAAGCCCCAAAAAAGACCAGGACAGAGACUCUGACCGCUGGAAGGACAAACAUGUGGACCGCCCUCCACCAGAGGAGCCUUCUGUUGGUGACAUCUACAAUGGCAAAGUCACCAGUAUCAUGCAGUUUGGAUGCUUUGUUCAGCUGGAGGGCUUGAGAAAACGCUGGGAGGGGUUGGUCCACAUUUCCGAGCUGCGUCGAGAGGGUCGUGUGGCCAACGUGGCCGAUGUUGUCAGCAAAGGCCAAAGAGUUAAGAUCAAGGUGCUCUCAUUCACUGGCUCCAAGACCAGCCUCAGUAUGAAGGAUGUGGACCAGGAGACGGGAGAAGACCUGAACCCAAACCGGAGGAGGAACGUGGGCCCAGAUGGAGGGGAGGAGAUCUCCAUGAGGAACCCCGACCGACCGAGCAACCUGAACCUGGGACACGCCCCGGAGCUGGAACAGGACGACACCCUGGAGCGCAAGAGGCUCACCAAAAUCUCUGACCCUGAGAAGUGGGAAAUCAAACAGAUGAUUGCUGCCAACGUCUUGUCCAAAGAAGAGUUCCCUGAUUUUGACGAUGAAACAGGGAUCCUUCCUAAAGUUGAUGAUGAAGAGGAUGAAGAUUUGGAAAUUGAGCUGGUUGAAGAGGAACCCCCAUUCCUGAGGGGACACACCAAACAAAGCAUGGACAUGAGCCCGGUCAAGAUUGUCAAGAAUCCAGAUGGCUCUCUGUCCCAAGCGGCCAUGAUGCAGAGCGCUCUGGCGAAGGAGAGACGAGAGCUGAAGCAGGCGGCACGAGAGGCAGAGAUGGACUCCAUCCCCAUGGGGCUGAAUAAACACUGGGUCGACCCGCUGCCAGACGCUGAUGGUAGGCAGAUUGCUGCCAACAUGAGAGGCAUUGGCAUGAUGCCUAAUGACAUCCCAGAGUGGAAGAAACAUGCUUUUGGGGGCAACAAGGCCUCCUAUGGAAAAAAGACCCAGCUCUCCAUCCUGGAGCAGAGGGAGAGCCUGCCCAUCUACAAGCUGAAGGAGCAGCUCAUUCAGGCUGUUCAUGACAACCAGAUCCUGAUUGUGAUUGGGGAGACUGGCUCCGGGAAGACCACGCAGAUCACUCAGUACCUGGCUGAGGCCGGUUACACCACCAGGGGGAAGAUUGGCUGCACGCAGCCCCGUCGUGUGGCCGCCAUGUCAGUGGCCAAGAGAGUCUCUGAGGAGUAUGGUUGCUGUCUAGGACAAGAGGUGGGUUACACCAUCCGUUUUGAGGACUGCACCAGCCCUGAGACUGUGAUCAAGUACAUGACAGACGGUAUGCUGUUGAGAGAGUGCCUGAUCGACUCUGAAUUGGGCCAGUACGCCAUUAUCAUGUUGGACGAAGCUCACGAGAGGACAAUCCACACUGAUGUUCUGUUUGGUUUGCUGAAGAAGACGGUUCAGAAACGCACAGACAUGAAGCUGAUUGUAACAUCUGCUACACUGGACGCCGUGAAGUUCUCUCAGUAUUUCUAUGAAGCGCCCAUCUUCACCAUCCCAGGAAGAACGUACCCAGUGGAGGUUCUCUACACCAAAGAACCUGAGACAGACUACCUGGAUGCCAGUCUCAUCACAGUCAUGCAGAUUCAUCUGACCGAACCUCCAGGUGACAUCCUGGUGUUUCUCACCGGACAGGAAGAGAUCGACACCGCCUGUGAGAUCUUGUAUGAGAGAAUGAAGUCACUGGGGCCGGAUGUUCCUGAACUGAUCAUUCUGCCAGUUUAUUCUGCCCUACCCAGUGAGAUGCAGACCAGGAUCUUCGACCCUGCACCCCCAGGCAGCAGGAAGGUUGUCAUUGCCACAAACAUUGCAGAGACAUCUCUGACCAUUGAUGGAAUCUAUUAUGUGGUGGAUCCUGGCUUCGUCAAGCAAAAAGUGUACAACUCUAAGACAGGCAUUGACCAGCUGGUGGUGACUCCCAUCUCACAGGCCCAGGCCAAGCAGAGGGCAGGCAGAGCCGGCAGAACAGGCCCGGGGAAGUGUUACAGGCUCUACACUGAGAGAGCCUACAGAGACGAGAUGCUGACGACCAACGUGCCUGAGAUCCAGAGAACCAACUUGGCCAGCACUGUGCUGUCUCUGAAGGCAAUGGGCAUCAAUGACCUCCUGUCUUUUGACUUCAUGGACGCUCCUCCCAUGGAGACUCUGAUCACAGCCAUGGAGCAGCUCUACACUCUGGGAGCUCUGGAUGACGAGGGCUUACUCACACGGUUGGGAAGAAGGAUGGCUGAGUUUCCUCUGGAACCCAUGUUGUGUAAGAUGUUGAUCAUGUCCGUCCAUCUGGGCUGCAGUGAAGAGAUGCUCACCAUCGUGUCAAUGCUGUCUGUGCAGAACGUCUUCUACAGGCCCAAGGACAAGCAGGCCUUGGCUGACCAGAAGAAGGCAAAGUUUCACCAACCUGAGGGUGAUCACCUGACCCUGCUGGCGGUCUACAACUCCUGGAAGAACAACAAGUUCUCCAACCCCUGGUGUUAUGAGAACUUCAUCCAGGCUCGCUCCCUGCGCAGAGCCCAGGACAUCCGCAAACAGAUGCUGGGAAUCAUGGACAGACACAAACUGGAUGUGGUAUCUUGUGGCAAAGCCACAGUACGGGUCCAGAAAGCCAUCUGCAGUGGCUUCUUCAGGAAUGCAGCCAAAAAGGAUCCUCAAGAGGGCUACCGCACCCUCAUAGACCAGCAAGUUGUGUACAUCCACCCUUCCAGUGCUCUGUUCAACCGCCAGCCCGAGUGGGUUGUGUACCACGAGUUGGUGCUGACCACCAAGGAGUACAUGCGGGAGGUGACCACCAUCGACCCUCGCUGGCUGGUGGAGUUUUCACCCGCCUUCUUCAAAGUGUCCGACCCCACACGUCUCAGCAAGCAGAAGAAACAACAGCGCCUGGAGCCUCUGUACAACCGCUACGAGGAGCCCAACGCUUGGAGAAUCUCUCGUGCCUUCAGACGCCGUUGAUGUGUGUGACCUCACAAAUGCCAAACAAAAAUGUCAGAUGUGUCGUCGUGUACCAGCGCUGGACAUUGUAAAAGACUUGGAAGUUUGCACCAUCACUACUCUACUUCAGGCUGUGUAUUCACUCCUCCUUUAUUGUUUGUGCUCAUCGCACAGUUCCCCCAGCGUUAGAUUGAUCCGUAUGUCGGGUUUAGGUGGGAAUUUUAGUCUUAUCGUUAUUGUAAAACCCGGAGCCAUUUACUUUUCAUAGCACUAAUACAGGAACAAAAAGAAAACUUCCACAUCUGUCCUUUGUGACAGCAGUUUUAAAGAUACUGGAAAACAGUGGACUAUUUAUUUUGACUGUAAAUUGUAACAACACAAUGUUUCCCCCAAGUAAGGGCCCGAUAGAAUUGUAAUGGGACUUUUUAAUGUUUGACUCGUGAAUACGUUGGUGUCGGACCGUAAGGAUGGAACAGCUUCUAUGUUUGAUAGAUUUUUGUACUGUGACUGAGACAACUUUCACUCACUUGUAUGUGUAUCUGAGACUGUUGCUUUGCUAUACUUGCCAGUGGAACUAUGGAAAUGCGUCCUCAUUAAAUGCUAAAUUUUCUUAA